AUGGCGAUCGCACAACCAGCCAUCGCUGUUCAUGUCGCUAUUGAUCCACGCAAUCAAGGACUUCCCACUGAUGACUACGACACCGAUGAGUCAUAUCAUAGCGAAGUCAGCGAUGAAGAUACUAGAGACAAAGUAGAAGACGAUAGUGACGUGGAAGAGGAGUUUGAUAGCAAGGUUGAAGGUACAGGGGACGACGAAGAUGAGCACUUGGAAGACAGCGACGUUGACGGCAGUGACUACGAGCGAACUUCAGACGAUGAGACAUCUGAGAGCGACAGCGAACAUGAAGACGGCGGGCUGCCACAUCAUAAGUCAGCCAGCAAUGUUCAGAUACCGCCUGUUGGCUACCCUCAACAAGCUUCCGUGGUUCCAGAAGCACUGAGGCCAGGACCGAAUGACCAUGAUCCGCGGGCAAUGCCUCCACAGCAACGCCAAACUUCUAGUCCAAAAGUUCCAGUGCAUUCAUAUACGCCUUCUGAAUUGCGACAAGCAGAUCAGCGUCAGGAUAUCCCUAUCCAACACCAGCGCUUCCAAGACGUUGCUCCGUUUCCUCCGCAACCUGCACAACCCUCCCGAACAAGCCUGCCGUUAUGGCAGCAGCCCUACCAGCGUUCGAUACAAGAGGAGGAAGCGGAAGACGAAUAUGAAGAAGAAGGGGAGGAAGAAGGCACCGACGACUAUGACGAUCUAGCGCGGGGACCGAUUUCCCAAGGACAGUCAUACGAGUCAGCAGGACGUCAAAUGCAGAUGCCUUCUCAGGAUCAGGUAAUGGAGCGACAACGUCAAGAGCAAAUCAGAGCUGCACUGGCAAAGAAGGCUUCAGACGAGCGAAUGGCGCAAGAACAGGAAGCGGCUGAAGCCGCGGCGGAAGCAGCGCAUUGUCAAGCGCAGCGACAACAGAUCCAAGCCCAAAGACAAGAAAUUGACAGGAAACGCCAAGAGAAUAUGCAAGCUGCCAUGCAUCAGAGACAGCUAGCGCAGCAGCAAGCGCAGGAAGAGGAAGAGGAAGAAGACGAGCUCGCAGCACAGCAAGAAGCUGCAGUAGCUGCGGCCAACGAGACUGCUCGGAGAAAGUUCGAAUACGAACAGCGUCAACAAGCACUUCAGAUGCAACGGGCGCAGCAGAAGUAUGCGGAUGAUGAACUCGCCGCCAGGGAAGAUGCGGAUUGGGCUGAUCAGGAAGCUGCAAAGGCCGAGGCACAGCAACGGGCCUUUCAACAGCAGCAACAGUGGCAAGAACAGCAAAGUGCCCAAGACGAUGAAGAAUACCAGGCACAACAGCAGGCACAGUACCAACAGCAACAGUUGCGAGAACAACAAAAAGCCCAGGAAGUUGCAGAUAAAGCUGCUCGGAAGCAAGCAGCAGACGAAGCCCGCCAGUUCGCAAAGCAAGAGAAAGAUGCGAAGAAGGCGGAGGAGAAAGCAGCAAAGGAUGAGAAGAAAGCACAAGAGAAGGAUCGAAAGGAUGAAAAGAAGGCUGAAGAGAAAGAGCGAAAGAAUGAGCAGAAAGAGGCUGAUCGAGAGGAACGUGACACUCGUCGAGUGGAAGAUCAGGAGGCCAAACGCGAACGAAAGGCCGAGGACGAUGAACGGCGAAAAGAACAGCGCGAGAUGGAUCGUGAAGCCCAGAAGGCUAAGCGGGCGAAUGAUAUAGAGAUGAAAAGGACACGGGCAGAGGAAAUGCGGGAACGUAAAGCCGAGGAUGCCGUUCAGCGCCAACAGCAACAGGAGAUCGAUAGAGAAGCCCGCAAGACUCAAAGGGAACUCGAUGCGGCCGAAAAGACUCAACGCGCACAAGAGCAAGCUGAGCUCAGAGCAGAGGAAGCAUCUCAACGUAUUGAGGAACGAUCCGUUACACAAGAGGCCAGAAAGGCGGAGCGAGAAGCCCAGAGGCAGAUGCAUUUAGCUGAGAAGCGCGGCACGAUGGAGGCCACGGCUGCUGAAGCUAACCAUCGUAUGGAAGAACAUGCCAUGGAACAAGAAGCAAAGCGUGCCGAGCGGGAAAUGGAGGUCCAGAGACGCCAGGCCGAACUAGAAGAUAAAAAGGCUCGACGAGGCACUGAAGCUGAGGAGAAAAGAUUGAGAAAGGAGAGUGAAGACGAAGAGCGAGCGCACAAGAAAGCAGCUGAUCAGGAAAAGAAGACUCAUCAACAAGAGGAGAGGCAGCGUAUGCAGGAAGAGGAGGACGAGCGACGGAUGGAGGCGGACCGCCACCCGAUGGGAACACGGCAGCUGGAGGACAUAAUGAGGCCCAAGGACACCAUGAUCAACAACAUGGCAGUCACUCGGACGAAAAUCAUGGCCACCGACAAGGUAGACACCCAGAUGCGCAGCAUGGUGACCCUAGAGGUCCUAAUCACGCAAGAGGAAAUCAUCAAGAUCAAGCAAGACAACCUGGACAACAGGGUCAACGAGACGGUCGCCAUUGGGACGUUAACCAUGGCCACCAACAGGGAAGAUACCCAGAUACGCGACAUGGCGAUUCUAGAGGUCAUGACCAUCCGGGCGGAAAUCAUCAAGAUCAUGCGAGACAAGGACAACAGGGUCGACAAGACGGUCGCCAUUGGGACAUUAACCAUGGCCAUCAACAGGAAAGAUACCCAGAUACACGACAUGGCGAUCCUAGAGGUUAUGGUCACCCAGGCGGAAAUCAUCCGGAGCACGCCGAAGAAGGACAUGGUGACGGACUACGUCAAGAAAGACACCCAUAUAUGCAGCGCGGCGAUCCUAGGGAUCGUGGUCACCAAGGCGAGAAUCACAUAG